GUUUACUGUUAAGCCUUCUUCUUUUCCUUUGGAAAACCGACCCAGUUUCCACAUUCAAGUCUUUUCCAAAUCAGAAAAAACUUCUACCACCACCGAAUAGCAAACGAUACCAUUUUCUCACCAUCGAUCUUCGAAGGUGACUUGUGCUACCCAGCAUGUUCAAGUACAUCAAGUCACCCAAGAUGUCAGAAUACUACCAUCCGCUCUCUGAGUUCACCGACGUGGAUCCCAAUCAAGUUAUUGAUAUGUACAACUUGCACCAUCAUGGGCCUUCGUCUUCGACUUCGAAUGGACAAGAACAGAAUGUAUGGGCCCUGGAUGCGAUGUGGCCCACCAGUCUGAUGGGUAAUCUGACAUCUUCCUCUCUCAAUGGUGCUGAGCAUGGUUUGUUCGAUAACUCUUCCUCCUCAUCAGUCCCCCCAAUGUUCACGCCGACGUCAGACGCUGACCUUCCUCUUCUUACGCCGUCACUGACGCCGGAUCUUGCGCCUUCCGACGAGUUCGUUUGCCCUCUCACGGAUGUCACUGAGCCAACAAAAGGGUCCCCCGAUGGCGCACCAUUGGUCUCGUCUCUUGGUCCCCCGUUGGUCUCGCCUCUCGGUCCGCCGCUGCCGUCGGCCAGCUACCAAAUGCCCGUGAUGUCGACCGUCCCGCCGCCGAUCACGACCGAUUGCCAAUCAUCGGGUCCCAACAGUCUAGCGUUCCCCUACUCAUCCUCGGUUUUGAACAUGAAUGCUUCUUUGACGUCGCCCACGUCUACGAACGGUUUCCGAUCGUCGCCAAUUUCCAACAACUUCAGCUACCAUUCCUCGUCUAGUGGCUAUCAGUCCGCCGGCUCCCCCGGCUACCAGUCAUCGAUGGAUUCGUACUCGACGCCCUUGAGAAAGCGCGGUCACCAGCGGAAUAUGUCCGAGGCCAGUGCCGUCAGCGCCGCCAGUAUCGCACACCUAGACUUUGAUAAGCUCAAAAGAGAUACCGGUAUCUCAUCCGACACUGUUCAAGCAUACAUCACCGGCCCCGAUACUAGCACGGGCAAGUGGACUUGCACAUAUCCCGAUUGUGGCAAGAUGUUUGGUCGCAAGGAAAACGUCAAGUCGCACGUACAAACACACUUGAACGACCGACCCUACAACUGCCCGAACUGCAACAAGUGCUUCGUCCGCUCCCACGACCUCAAGCGCCACGCUAAGAUUCACACAUUGGUCAAGGCAUACGCUUGCCCCUGCGGCAAGGAAUUCUCACGCCAAGACGCGCUCACGAGGCAUCGAGGCCGCGGCAUGUGCAUCGGCGGUCUGCCAGGCGCUGUCAGGAAACAGGGCAAGCGGGGAAGGCCCCGAAAGGCCCGCCCUGACAUGGAGGAGCGCAUCGACAAGGCAGCGCGCACCCGACAAAACGACGCCGUGCGCUCAAGUCAAGAAGUAGAAGGCGAAGAGUUCAACAUCAGCGACUACGUCGAGAAUCCUUUCACUCCCACCAGCCCUGAAGAGGACAUGUUCGCUCCAGAUGGCCAAUUAAAUAGUGAUUGGUUAAAUCACGACCUCAAAAGGCAAAGCACUGGCGGCUGAACUUGAUGGGCGUGAUGGUGUGUGCCAACAGAGGAGGACGAAAAGGAAGGGGUUUCAAAGGGCCGGAACCCUGAGAAUAGGGGUUUUGUGUCAAACAGAUAUUUUUGGUGCUUGCGCUUGUGUUAAUAGGACCUACCUACUUCUUGAUGACUUAUCACCCCUUAUGAUUUUAAUGGAAUGGGGAGCGGACUGAGCGCUCAAAAAGCACUAUAAACGGGCAUCGUUGAUGGUUCAACCGGCUUCUGUGACUCUGCAAAUAUUUGGCUUUUUUUUUCUUCUCGUGCAUGGCUUUCCUAGGUAGCAAUUUGAAUUCACC